GGACCCGCGCACCCCUUCAGGCCGCUGACCUCGGGCGCCUGCGCCGCGCUCCCUUUGCUGGAGGAGGGGGCGAGACAGGGCGGGAGCGCGCGGGCUGGUGCACGCGCGCGACGCCAGCCCCUGGCUUGGACCUGGCGCCGCUCGCUCCUUGGCCUAGGCUGUCGCUCCCGCCGGCCGGCGUCGAGGGCGUGGCGGUGAGGCUCCUUGCACCGACUCUGCCCAGACUGCCAUCCGGGGUGUCUCCCCAGGCCCGGCUUCUCGUGGCGCCCGGUCCUCUCCCUUGGCUUCCUGCCUGUCUUCCUGCAGCAGCCAAGCGCUCAGCAGCAGAUGCCCGGUCCAUGUCUUAGAACUUGAAGAACGGGAAAGACCUGCUUUUAGGGGAUAAUGCUGAGGGACACUAUGAAAUCCUGGAAUGACAGCCAGUCAGAUCUCUGUAGCAGUGACCAAGAAGAGGAAGAGGAGAUGAUUUUUGGGGAAAAUGAAGACGAUUUGGAGGAGAUGAUGGAUUUCAGUGAUCUGCCCACCUCACUUUUUGCGUGCAGUGUCCACGAAGCCGUGUUCAAGGUGCCGGAGCAGAAGGAGAGAUUCGAAGCGCUGUUCACCAUCUACGAUGACCAGGUUACAUUUCAGUUGUUUAAAAGCUUUAGAAGAGUCCGAAUAAAUUUCAGCAAACCUGAAGCAGCAGCGAGAGCGCGAAUAGAACUCCACGAAACAGACUUCAACGGCAAGAAGCUGAAGCUGUAUUUUGCACAGGUGCAGACCUCCAGCGAAACGCGGGACAAGGCGUACCUGCUGCCGCCCCAGCCAGCCAAGCAGUUCCUCAUCUCCCCUCCGGCGUCUCCCCCGGUCGGGUGGAAGCAGGGCGAGGACGCCACGCCUCUGAUAAACUAUGAUCUGCUCUGUGCUGUUUCCAAACUGGGACCAGGAGAGAAGUACGAACUCCACGCAGGAACCGAGUCGACACCCAGCGUUGUGGUCCACGUCUGUGAAAGUGAAACUGAAGAGGAGGAAGAAGCAAAAAACCCCAAACAGAAAAUUACGCAGACGAGGCGCCCUGAACCUCCCGCCACAGCCCUGAGCGAGCCCCAGACCUUCGGCUGUGGUCCGUGAGCCCUGCGGGUGCGUGCGGUGGUGCAAGGCGGCACCAUCCUGGGGGGGGCCCCCCCGCCACCGGGCUCGUGGCCCUCCCGCCGGCGCAUCGCUGCCAGCGGUGUAGGUGAGGUGCGCAGGGCGUGAGACGCAGUGUGGUCCCCAGGCCUGCACUGUGGAUGCGGCAGUCCGGAGUAGAGGCUGAUUUUACCUGUUCAGCAUUUUAACUGAUACUCUGAACAGCACCUCGAAGCAUUAGCCCCCAACGUGCAGCAUUUUUAAAUAGUAGCAAAUUAGGAAAACAGCCCACUCCAGGAAUGCUCCCUUCCCUGACUCCAUGCAGCAUCAGGUACCCGGAAGCUAAAACCAUCGUCACCCAGUGCAGUACCAUUUUUAGGAAUGUAACCAUCUUACAAUUUUAAUAAUCUAGUGUGGUAAUUUUGCACUUGGUAUGAUAACUUCUAAUGAAAUCUCUUGAUCAAAGGUUAAUUGUUAUUCAUAUACCUAAAUUUUUUGGCAUGAAAAGAAACCUGAAGAAUAAUCCAUAGAAAAUCGUUUUCCUCUAGUAUUUUUUUUCCCUGGACUUUGGGGAAGAAAUGCCAAAUUCGCUUCGACUGUCGGAAUCCAGGUGGCACCCAUCCGUGUGCAUGUUGUCCUCUUACCUGGGACUCGAGGAAGGCGAUGCACCACCACUGUCCUUGGGUGUCGCCCCUCCCUCCCAGAGAAACAGCUGCUACUUUGGAAUGGGGACACACCGCCCGUGAGCUUGACUGAUUGUGAGUCAGGUGGCCACUGCAGUCUGCCGCUGUGACCGUCUUCUAGCCUACAGCUUCCCAAACUGUCCUCGCCACCUGCUAAGUUUUUCUAUGUGACGCAUAUUUGUGUGCAUCAUUCGUAGACUGAAAAUCCGUAGAGGAGGUAAUGAUGAGAUUCUCUGAAGACCAUUUUAAAGGUGUCCAUUGAAACAUUUUGCAGCUUGGAAAGAAAGUGACACCUACUCCAUUUCUAUGAAUUAGGGGAAGAGGCAGGGGCGAUCGUUUUGGUAGUCAGACUUUCUUUUUUGGUGACAUUUUUUUACCCUGCUUACAGUACACAUUCUCCUCUCAAACGGAAUUGCUUCUCACUUACAUCUCACAGUGGACAGUUGAGCCUCCUGAAGUAGAAGCAAGCAUCUCUUUAACUUUGGGGGGAUCUAUUCAGACUUUAAAGUCCUUUUUAUAAAAAAGUCUCAUCACUAAAUGCUUUGCUUUUGGUCGGCGGCUCUGCCGAUUGUGUGCUCACACCGCUGUGUCCUGCGUGCGGCGCCUGGUGUGUGUGCACAGGAAGGGGUUGCUCAUGUGAGCUCGGACUAAUCCACCGACGUGGCUGCCCCCACGGAGAGAGAGACGAGCAGAAGAUGCAGGCUGUGCUGUCUGUACGUGUUCAGUGACAUGUUUUUGUGGUGUAGAUGUUCUUCUUGUGGUAGAAUUUAUUUCUGAGGACUUAAGCUAUAUUGU